AAUUCAUAACUCCUUAUUUUAAGUUACAAAUCAACAUCAUUUAUCACAGAAAAACCCAUCAACAACUACAAAAAAACAAACAACGCAGAGAAAUCUGCGUCUUUUCCAUACGUAUUUGCGUCAAAAUAAACUUAACAAUUCAGCUAAAAGUCAAAUACACAAACCAAAUCUGACACUAAUUAAAACUAGUUUGAAUAUGUUGUCGAGAUGAGUUUCCCCUUGACGCGCUGAUGCCAAAGCGAGGGGGUGUGGUUAUCUGCUCUUCAGUGCGCAUCAGGUGUCCAUCUCCACUAUAUAUAAACCCCUGUGAACAACUGAGAGGAAGAGCAGCAAGACAAGGACAACACCGGGGACAUCACAUCAAGAGACAACUCGCAACAAAUAAAUGGCCAACAUGAUGAGAUCGUGGAUGAUGCUCGCAGCGCUCGUGGUCUGCAUGCUGGUGUGUUGGAGCAGCUUGGCGGACGCCUAUCCUCCCAAACCGGAGAACCCUGGAGGCAACGCCUCUCCGGAGGACUGGGCCAAAUACCACGCUGCUGUCAGGCAUUACGUCAAUCUCAUCACCAGGCAGAGGUAUGGGAAGAGGUCUUCCCCCGAGCAGGCGGUGGCGUGGCUGCUGUUUGGAGCUGAUUCCAGCCAAGACGCUGAACCACGCGCGGACUAUAGCGAUCAGUGGUGAAUGAGCCCAAUGUCAACCCUAACCACCCCCACUUCCUCGAUUCACCAACAAUAAAAAAAAAAACUGAGAUUCUCAACCUGCACUGGAUUUUGUGACUCUCCAUACUUAAUUAUUUAAUGCAUGCAAAUCUAUCUAUUUAUCUCCUUCUCUCUCUGUUUGUCUUCCUCUUUCAGUAAAUCUAGAUAUUUGUUUCUUUGGCCAAAAAAAUGUAAAUAAUUUGUAUCAAUCACUUUACAAUAAAGAAUUGAAUUGAAAUAAACUAUUAAAU